UCACUCGCAAACCAAACUUAUUUAAAACUGGGAAUCUCAGAUUCAAAAGACCAACCGAACAAACCUCAACAUGUUAACUAUGGAUCGAUUGUGUACCUCAUUUGCACAUGUUCAACUUCGUGAUCCUAACACUAAUAGGAGCCCAGAAAUCCAAACCUCACCACCUAUCACCAGCUCUAAUUCCAAUCAGCGAUUUCAUCAUUCUUCAAACCACUACUUUCGCAGAUCACCUACCAAACCAAGAGGACAAGAAUUUCAUUCAUUUUUAUGCUUGGAUGUCGAAUCGACUUGUAUUAAUUCUAAUCAGCGUCAUCUUGACAAUCCUCAUAACUUGAACGAGUAUCAAUUGGCUUGGAUGUACCCAAAUGAGAUUAUCGAAUGGCCUGUGAUCUUAAUGCAAUGGAGACACUGUUCUGGUCGAUGGGAAUUAUAUGAAGUAGAUCGAUAUCGUAGUUUUGUUAAACCCACUUGGAGGCCUGAGAUCUCAGAGUUUUGUACUCAACUGACCGGGAUCACGCAGCAAGAUACCGAUAACGCGCCUACCUUGCCUGCGAUGUUAAAAGACUUUCAAAUCAACUUCAUCGAACGACACCAGCUGUUUACCGUUCAUAACAGGUCGGUUUGGGUCACGGAUGGUCCAUGGGACUUACGAGACCAUUGGAUCAAAUCAAUCUUCCUCUCUAAAUUAAAACGAUAUCAAAUACCUUCAUACCUUCAAUCACCUAUUCAUAUGAUCGACAUGCGUUAUUUACUACAAGCUUUCAUACCAAAAGUUUAUUGUAUCAGACCACCCACUUCAUUAUCCCUCAAUGAAUCUUUGAAGAUCUUUGGAUUAGAAUUCGAAGGUCAAGAACAUAGUGGGAUUGAUGAUGCAGCUAAUUUGUCUAGAUUGUUAUCUAAAUUAACUCAAUUCGAUUGUCGUUCAAAUGAAAUGCCAUUCAAGUGGAUCUUUCGUGCGAAUCGAACUCUCAAUAUCGAACCUAAAAGAUAUUUUUGGAUGGGGAAAGGUCAACAAUGUACUUGGAUUGCUCCUUGA